AUGACAGGUGGAGGAAAUAACUAUCCUAAAGACAGCUUCAGUGCAGCCUUGAUCAAAAAUAUUGUGGCCAUGCUGGUGUGGCUAGUCUUAAGCUUCAUCAAUGGAAGCAUGGUCCACACCUUUUUCAAGCAUAACUUUUUUUACGAGGACCCACGCUAUAUCUUGUUCAUUUACAUGGUCAUCAAUGAUGCCCUGCAACUGACUCUGGUCACGGCACUGUAUGUGGUCAGCUAUGUUUUCUUCAAGAUUCAUGCCUCUGUGUGCUGCUUGUUGGUGAUGAGUGCCGUACUAACCACACGCUCCGCUCCUCUCAUACUGGCUGGUAUGGCUGUGGAGCGCUAUGUGUCCAUCUGUUUCCCCUUGCACUACUGGCACAUGUGCACAGUGCCGCGUACAAUUGUCCUCAUCAUGGUCAUCCUGUCCUUAACGACGACCGUGCCUCUCACUGACCUCCUGAUCACACUUAUUAAAGAGCCCUUGGGCUUCUUCCACACCUCCAUCUUCUGUGAUCAGUCCCUUCUCUUCCGGGACCGCUCCAUCUACUACAAGAAUGCAGUAUUUGACAGUGUCUAUUUCUCCUCUGUGACCCUUACACUGCUUUACACUUAUUGCAGGAUUAUGUUGACUGCGCACGCCGCCUCCACAGAUCUGGUGUCCAUUAAGAGGGCAAGAAACACUGUGCUGCUCCACGGCGUACAGCUGUUGCUGUGCAUGCUGGCUUUUAUAGUCCCCUCUCUUCAGACAUCCCUCAUCACACUUUUUCCAAAGUUUGUCUUGGAGAUUCGUUACAUAUUUUUCCUGCUGGUCUACAUCAUUCCACGAUUUCUUAGCCCCAUGAUUUACGGCUUUAGGGAUGAGAAGUUUCGCAAAUACUGGGCUAGAUACAUGUGUAGAAGAACCACAAGAUCUGGAGUGGGACUGGCUAAGUGA